UUCAAAUCUUCAACUCCAUGUGUUUGUCACGGGUCCUCGGAGACCAGGUAUCUUGCGGGUGACUCGUAGGGACAACUAGUCAUUAUUCUCGCGUUUUGUCUCCACCCAGCCCAGCCCGCCUUUGUCGACUCCUCGCUCAUCCUCCAACCCCCCACUCUACUUCACCAACGACUUCCACUAGACACCCCGCGUUGAAUCGCCCAUCUGCCUGCACCAUGUCUGAGCAUCAGUACAAGUUUAACGUCACCAUGAGCUGCGGCGGUUGCUCGGGUGCCGUGGAGCGAGUUCUGAAGAAACUGGAGGGUGUCAAAUCUUUCGACGUCAGCCUCGAUUCCCAAUCCGCCCUCGUUACCACGGAACCCUCCUUGUCGUACGAGACCGUGCUCGUAACCAUCAAGAAAACCGGGAAAGCCGUCACUGGCGGAGAAGCGGAUGGCCAGGCCAUGAGCGUCUGA